AUGAACGGAGCACCUGUUAUAGUAGGUGGAAUGCGCACUCCCGCAAGACGAAGACAGAACACAGGAUCAGCAUCGAAUAAUACGAAACCAAGAGGAAGCAACAGUGGAAAUACAAACAGCAUCGUGAAAUUUUAUGGAGAUGAUUCUCCCGGAUUUAAAUUAACCCCCCAAACCGUCCUUAUAUCCACGCUAAUUUUCAUGGCUACAGUAGUAAUCUUACAUAUCAUCAGCAAAAUUUAA